AUGGCAAGCAUCUCCCUCGACGGCGUGGAUAUAGGGCCUGAUUGUGUCUCUGUUUUCCAGCAACUGAAACUGAAGAAGUCCUACGAGUAUAUCAUCUACAAUAUAAGUGGAGACAAAAAACACAUAGUGGUGGAGAAGACUUCCACGAGUGAGAAACAUGAUGCUUUUAUCGCCGAUUUACCAGAGACAGAAUGCCGGUUUGCUGUCAAAGACUUCCGGUUCGAAAUCGACCCCACAGAAGGUGAAAGGAACAAGAUUCUUCUUAUAGUCUGGUCGCCAGAUAAUGCCCCAAUAAGGAACAAGAUGGUCUUUGCCGCCUCAAAGGGCAAUCUCAAGCGGCGUCUCAAUGGUAUUGCAGCCGAGAUACAAGGCACAGAUUAUUCUGAGAUUGCCUAUGAGACGAUAACUUAG